GGGCCAAUGCUCACUGCAAAAGAUUGCAGAUGAUUUGUUACUGCAAGAAUGCUUUCCGCAAACAGCCACAGGCGGUUUUUGGUAGAGUAGGCCUUGCCAAAUUCCACCUAAUGCAUGUUUUCUUUGUCUUAGCAAGUUCUGGACAUGGGUGGAUUUAGUCUGAAUUGGGUUCCAACAAUAAUUAAAUUGAGUUCAUCUCAAAUUUGAAAUAGUAAACUUGAGUUUGAGUUCGUCCUUGGUACAUAUCAACGUCAACUCCAGAAUUAAUUUUAGAGGACAACUUAACUAUGCCGAUCUAACAUAGUUUAACGAUAAAUGUAAAAUGGGGACUUAUUUGAUUUGUAUGUGACAGGCAUGUGAGAUUGAAGUUUUUCUCUUUGGGAAAUCCACAAACGUUGGACUAGAGCACUUUUCAGACAAGGCUUUCCUUCACAUGCUCACAACAUUAUCAUCAGACAGGAAAGCGGCAACAAGAAAUACAGAUCAUGCCCCUACAAUUUCAUAGGACCAACCAAAAUUUGCCACGUGUCUGUCAAACUGAAGCUGGGUGCUUGAUGAUGAAAAUCGGAGUCAUCCCUGUUGAUGAUCCACAUUAAUCUCAACAUCUGCGCCAAAUUCAACCCAUAUUGGGUCUUACUUUACCUUAGCUCUUUGGAUUGGCCUUCUCAACAUAUUAUAUUCAAGCAUGGAGGCUUCUCCAUUUGGAGUCUGGCUGGUCAACUCUGUCACGGAUGGAGACUCUUCUCCUACCUUGAAAAUUCUGGGUUUUAGAUCUGCAUUGAAGUUUCUCACUCUUUCUGUUCAUGUUCAUCAACUGGGUAUGUUUAAAGUUGUGAUAUCACACACCAAAAUGUCAAAUUGAGGAGUUUUAUUCAGCUUUCAGCUUCAAGGUGCUGCUAUUUGAAGCAGACAGUUUUCAACUGUCUGCUUUCGGUUCAUAUAUUGGAGAAAGCACAAGUCAAUGCAGGUGUGGUUUUUGGGAGCUGGGUUCUUCAGAUUUCUAUUGGGAAAGUAAGUUAUGGGGGAGGAGAUGAAUCUGGAGGCCCCUGGAGAGGCUAAAGAGGGGAAUGAAUCCCAGAACGGAAGGUGCUGUGAGUGUUUGUGGACACCAAUUGAUUGGAUCAAAAUGCUGGCCACUGAAAUGCACUGGACUUUUGUGUUUGGUGUGGUGGUUGUUUAUGGAAUCAGCCAGGGCUUAGGUGGAGCUCUUGUUCGUGUUGGGACUGAGUAUUAUAUGAAGGAUGUUCAAAAGGUACAGCCUUCUGAGUCUCAGGUCUACUCUGGAAUCACUUCAAUUCCUUGGAUUGUCAAGCCUGUUUGGGGUCUUCUCACUGAUGUUCUCCCUAUUUUCGGCUACCGAAGACAUCCUUAUUUCAUCUUAGCUGGUUUUCUCGGUGUGAUCUCCAUGCUUGUGCUCUCAUUACACCAAAACCUGCAUCUUGCAUUAGCUGUGAUGUCUUUAACAGCACGGAAUGCUGGGGUAGCAAUAGCAGACGUGACGAUCGACGCAUGUAUUGCGCAGAACAGUAUCAGUCAUCCUUCCCUUGCAUCUGAUAUGCAGAGCUUGUGUUCUGUAUCUGCUGCAAUUGGAGCUCUUGUGGGGUAUUCUAUCAGUGGUAUUCUUGUUCAUCUGAUAGGACCCCAGGGCGUCUAUGGUUUGAUGACGAUUCCAUCUGGACUUGUCUUGCUAGUUGGAAUGCUGCUAAAUGAGCCCCAAAUAUCAGACUUCGAUUACAAGCAGGUACCCGAUUUCACUUUCUUCAUAAUACAUUCAUAUACUGAUUCUGGGUUUGUGAUUCAGGUGAACCGAAAGUUUUCUGAUGCCAGAAAGGCUAUGUGGACGACAUUGAAAGUCCCGAUUGUAUGGAGGUGUUGUCUAUACAUGUACUUGUCACUUGCAUUGAGUUUGAGUAUCCAUGAAGGACUGUUCUAUUGGUAUACAGAUUCCGAGGCUGGUCCAGCUUUUUCUCAGGAAACUGUUGGAUACAUACUCUCGAUUGGUCCAGUCGGAACCAUUCUGGCAGCGAUACUCUAUCAAAAUUCUUUGAAGGAUUACCCCUUUCACAACGUACUGUUUUGGGCUCAGUUACUCUCUGGUUUAUCUGGAAUUCUGGAUUUGAUGUUGGUAUUACGGUUGAACUUGGCUCUUGGCAUACCAGAUUUUGCAGCCGUUGUCAUUGAUGAAGGUGUCUCAAAAUUGGUUGGCCAAAUGAAGUGGAUGCCUCUUCUUGUACUCAGUUCCAGGCUCUGUCCCCCUGGCAUUGAGGGUACCUUCUUUGCUCUUCUUAUGUCGAUUGACAACUGUGGACUCCUCUCAUCUUCAUGGUUAGGUGGCCUGCUACUCCACGUAUUGAAGGUUACACGAACACGAUUUGAUAAAUUAUGGCUUGCAAUUAUAAUACGAAACAUACUGAGAGUUGCUCCACUUUGUGUAAUAUUUCUGGUGCCCCGAGGCGAUCCAGAUUCGUCCUUUCUUCCAGCUGAAGUUACAAGUACAGAAGAAGCAUCCUCAGCUCAAGAACCUGAGAAUAUUGAAUUGGUAGCCCUUGUUGACAGUGUUGAUGAAGGUCUAUAACAUUACGCAGCUGCAAGCCAGCCUCAUUAUAGGAUUCUUCAGCAGCCUAACAUUCUUAGAGCUUUCAGAUUCAUGUGACACCAAAGCUAUUAGGACCAACUAUCAAUUCUAUGUAAUGACAUUUUUUUUUUUCAAAUUAGAAUUUAGUAUACAAUUUGAAAUUUUCAAAUUACUUAGUAUUUCCCAUUUAUAAAUUGUGAAUAUAAAUUAAUUGGUUAUGAUUUAA